AUGUCCACCGACUUCACCACGUCCGCACCUGCGCUGCUCCACGCCAAACACUCCUCCGCACAUCCGCUUGCUCCGUUGGCCGCCGAGGAGAUCGCUGCAGCCGCACACCUCAUCAAAGCUACCUGGCCGCCCAAUACAGACUUCUGCUUCAAGGUCAUUACCCUCGACGAGCCUGCAAAGCUCCGCGUCCUUCCAUACCUCGAAGCAGAACAUUUAGGCGAGAGAACCCCACAGCUCGAUCGGAAGGCUUUUGUCAACUACUACCUACGAAACACGAACAAGUUUCACGAAGCAAUCGUCAACCUCACAAAAAACCUGGUCGAGAGGAACGUCCGCCUAGGCCCAAACAUCCACGCCAACGGCGAUGGUGAGGAGAUAAUUGCACUGGAGAGGAUUGCACUGGAAGAUGAGGCUGUCAAGGCAGAAAUCGCAAAAUUGCAGCUCCCUGAGGGUGCUGUGGUCAUCAGCGACCCUUGGAUUUAUGGUGCUGAUGGUGUCGACGAUGACGAGCGCAUGUAUCAGUGUUUCUUGUACAUGAGGGAUCCACACAACCCUGCGGAAGCAGAUUCGAACCAUUACGCACUGCCCCUUGCAAUCUCACCCGUAAUAAGCACCGAACACAUGAAAGUCAUUCGCAUUGACAAGCUACCCCUGGGUCCGGAUUCAACCAUCACAGACACCACCCCUUACAAGAUCAAGCCACCCAACGAGUAUCUCCCAGAGUACCAACAGCUCAGGACUGAUCUGAAACCGUUGAACAUCGUCCAGCCUGAAGGUGCGAGUUUUACCGUAACUGAGCAAGGAACAUCGGCUGUCCUGGAAUGGCAGAAAUGGUCGUUCCGGGUUGGCUUCAACCAGCGUGAGGGAAUGGUUCUCUACGAUGUACGGUACGAUGGCCGGAGUCUCUUUUAUCGGGUAUCCCUGUCAGACAUGAAUAUCCCAUACGCUGAUCCGCGCCACCCCUACCACAAGAAGAGCGCAUUUGAUCUGGGUGACGCUGGUGCCGGUAGUAUGGCCAAUAACCUAAAACUCGGCUGCGACUGUUUGGGUUCUAUCUACUAUCUAAGUGCCGUCAUUAGCAACGCACAAGGAGGCGUGGACAGCAUGGACAAUUGCGUGUGCAUUCACGAACAAGAUGCUGGCAUCUCCUGGAAGCAUACCAAUUAUCGCACAAAUCGGGCUGCCGUUGCCCGCUCUCGCGAGCUUGUUCUACAAUCCAUCAUUACCGUCUCGAAUUACGAAUACAUCCUAGCAUUUAUCUUCAACCAAGCCGGGCAAAUGGACUACGAAGUCCGCGCUACCGGCAUCCUCUCGACCCAACCCAUCGAUGAGGGUGUCACCGUCCCCUUUGGUACCGUAGUGCAUCCCGGGGUCUUGGCCGUCCACCAUCAACACAUUUUCUCCCUUCGGAUCGAUCCUGCCAUAGACGGCUACCACAAUCGACUCGUAUAUGAUGAGGCACAUGCUAUGCCUCGGUCAGAUCUCAAUCCGCAUGGCACGGGAUAUUAUGUCGAGGAAACGGUCCUCAGUGAGUCUGGCGGCUAUGAUCUUGAUAUUGACCGGAAUCGCACAUUCAAGAUUCAGAAUGCCGCUGUGCGCAACCCUAUCAACGGAAAGCCUGUUGCGUACAAAAUACAAGCCCCUGGAUUCCAGAAAAUGCUUGCAGAUCGCGACAGUUUCAACCACCGUCGCGCAGAGUUUGCGGACCAUAACAUCUAUGUGACUUCUUACCGGGAUGGCGAGCUGUACGCAGGUGGGCAGUAUACUAAUCAAUCGCGCGGUGGUACAGGUGUGCGCAGUUGGGCAAACCGCAAGGAUGACAUUGUUGACACGGAUAUUGUUGUCUAUGUACAAUUUGGCAUGAACCACAUCACUCGCAUUGAAGACUUUCCAGUUAUGCCGGCCGAGAUCAUGAAGGUGUGCUUGAAACCAGUGAAUUUCUUCGAGCGUAAUCCAGCACUUGAUGUGCCACCGAGUGAACAGGCAUAUAAUCAGUCGACACUGCUGAGCGCCAGUAGGGAGGACGCAAGCCGGCAUAUGCAGCCGACUGGCACGGAGGCACUGGUUGUUGGCAAAGGAGGAGAAUGUUGUGACAGCAAGAGUAAGCUGUAG